AUGGAAAACCACACCACUGUCGUCGAGUUUGUCCUCCUGGGGCUCUCAGAUGCCUGUGAGCUGCAGAUGCUCAUCUUCCUGGGGCUCCUCCUGACCUACCUCCUCACACUGCUGGGGAACCUCCUCAUCGUGCUCAUCACCCUCGGAAGACGCCUCCACACCCCCAUAUACUACUUCCUCCGCAACUUUGCUGUCCUGGAGAUCUGGUUCACCUCGGUCAUCUUCCCCAAGAUGCUGACCAACAUCCUCACGGGAUGCAAGACCAUCUCCCUCCCAGGCUGUCUCCUACAAAGUUUCCUCUAUUUCUUCCUGGGCACCACAGAGUUCUUCCUACUGGCAGUCAUGUCCUUUGACAGGUACAUGACCAUAUGUAACCCCUUGCGCUAUGCCACCAUCAUGAGCAAAAGGGUCUGUGUCCAGUUAGUGCUCUGUGCGUGCAUGACAGGUUUCCUUCUCAUUGUUGUUCCAAGUCUCAUCACAUUUCAGCAGCCAUUCUGUGGUCCCAAUGUCAUUAUCCAUUUCUUCUGUGACAACUUUCCACUCCUAGAGCUCAUAUGCGCAGACACAACUCUGAUAGAGCUUCUGGGUUUGGUUAUAGCCAGCUUCAGCCUACUGGGCACUCUGUCCGUGACGGUCACCUGCUAUGGCCACAUCCUCCACACCAUCCUGCACAUCCGCUCCACCAGGGAGAGGCAGAAAGCCUUCUCCACCUGCUCCUCCCACAUCGUUGUCGUGUCUCUCGCCUAUGGCAGCUACAUCUUUAUGUAUAUGCGGUCAGGCAAGGGUGGCCAGGGGGAGGACAGGUACAAAGUGGUGGCAUUGCUCAAUACUGUAGCGACUCCGAUGCUCAAUCCUUUUGUCUACACGCUGAGGAACAAACAGGUGUAGCAGGUGUUUAGGAAGCACAUGAGCAAGCUCCUCUCAUAA